AUGGUGGAUGCUUCCACACAAUACUCUCCCCCCAACCAACAGAAAGCAGAACAGACUCCCACAAGUACCAUUGCGGGACUCGAACUGUCCGAAAAGGAGGAUCAUUCGCCCAAGACCGCCCCUCUCUCCGCCGCCGCAACGAAGCGCCGAGACGGCACCGUGUCGAGUCAGUCGCGGCCAGAAAGCACGACAGCGCAAGCGCAAAUAAAGAGACAUGCCGUGGAACCAGCCACGGCAGCACGCCCUCCUGCGAAUGGAGUCGAGCCGGAAGAAGAGCCGAGCGUGGAACCGUCGCCGGUGAAGAAGGCCCGUCCGGACGCUCCGCCAGUACGAAUAAUGCCCCUACAAUACGAAAACUGCAACACACGGGAUCUGGUGGUCCUGAUAGCUUCAAUGCUGAUGGAGCUGAUCCGGUACAAUGAUGCCAUCCCACUGAGGGACGGUCAGCUUACGCGCUUCCACUCACGCGCACCCCCGGGCAUUUCCGUCCUCGACUACCUCCAACGCCUGACGACACACGCAACGCUGUCGCCUCCUAUAUUACUCAGCGUGGUCUAUUAUAUCGAUCGCCUGUGUGCUCUCUACCCGGCUUUCACCAUCAGCAGCCUCACGGUCCACCGAUUCCUCAUCACGAGCUCAACAGUGGCGAGCAAAGGCCUGAGCGACUCUUUCUGGACGAACAAGACGUAUGCCCGAGUUGGAGGUGUGAGCAUGAAGGAACUCGCAUUGCUGGAACUCGAGUUUCUCACCAGGAUGGAAUGGAGGAUCGUCCCGAAACCAGAGGUUCUGGUAGACUAUUAUAAGUCUCUGAUCGCCAGGAACUCGCAGUACCAGCUCGAAGGUACAUAA